AGCGUCCUGCAGUGCGAGGGGCUCAACAACCAGAGCUACGUGUGUACGGCGGGACACUGCUGCGCAGAGGACACGUGCUGCAGCUACUACUACGAGCUCUGGUGGUUCUGGCUGGUCUGGGCCAUCAUCCUCCUCCUCUGCUGCUGCUGCGUCUGCCACCACCGCCGCACCAAGCACCGGCUGCAGCAGCAGCAGAGGCAGCACGAGAUCAACCUCAUCGCCUACCGAGAGGCGCACAACUACACCGCUGUGCCCUUCUACUUCAGGUUCCUCCCUAACUCCCUCCUGCCCGACUACGAGGAGGUGGUGAACCGGCCCCCGACCCCCCCGCCGCCCUACAGCGCCUUACACACCGUCUCCCCCCCGCUGGCCCCGGGGCCCCUGGGGGGGGAGCCGCAGGAGGCCCCGCCCCCCCCGGCGGCCCCGCCCCCGGACGGCCCGCGGCCCCGCCCAGGCCUGGAGGAGGCGGGGCCGGGCGGGGGGGGCGGGUUCCUCCCCAAGGCGGACGACAAGUCUCCGGGGGCCAUCACGCGGGCGGACGGGGGCGAGGGGGGCGAGGGGGGGGAGGGGGGGGGGGAGGAGGAGAAGAGGCAGCGAGGAGGCGCCGGCGACUCCGGGAAGGAGCCGGGGGGGCUGGGGGGGCCGGGGGGGGCGGGGGAGAAGCGGCCCCUCCCCGCGGCGGGCCGGCGGCGCCGCUUCACGGGCGACUCGGGGAUCGAGGUGUGCGUGUGCGGCGCCCGGGGGGGGAGGGGGCCGUGGGCGGAGGGGGAGGGGGGGGAGGAGGAGGAGGGGGAGGAGGGGGAGGGGGGGUUGAUGAAGGAGCUGGAGAGCCUGCUGGGCUGCACUGAGGACAAGGAGGAGGCCGGGGGAGGAGGGGGAGAAGGAGAGUUCUGCGAGAGCUGCGGUCCUCGAGCCCACCUCAGGGAGGGGGAGGAGGGGGAGGGGGAGGAGGAGGAGGGGGAAGAGGAGGAGGAGGAGGAGGAGGAGGACCACCCUGAGCCCGCCCACCGCAGCGGUAGCGGUGCCCCACCGCCCUCCAUCCACCAGCAGGAGGCGCUGCCCCGCGGCCCCCAGCCCUAGAGCUGGAGGCGGUAGAAGCUGAACCGUCUCAGGGCAGAGCGGCGGACGUGCCAGAGAGAGGAGGGACGUGGUCCAGUGGUCCAUCGCCAUGUGUGUGUGUGUUUCUUUGUUUUGUCCUCGUCGACGUGAGUCUCGAUCGUACACCCAUCGGUCCGGAGUCCGGACGUACGUCGGAGGUCACCCUGGACCUGAACUAAUCCGGAGAUCCCUUUAACCCUUAAGGGGUCCACUGUGGCCUUAAGGGGUCCACUGUGGCCUUAAGGGGUCCACUGUGGCCUUAAGGGGUCUACUGUGGCCUUAAGGGGUCUACUGUGGCCUUAAGGAAUCCACUGUGGCCUUAAGGGGUCUACUGUGGCCUUAAGGGGUCCACUGUGGCCUUAAGGGGUCUACUGUGGCCUUAAGGGGUCCACUGUGGCCUUAAGGGGUUCACUGUGGCCUUAAGGGGUCCACUGUGGCCUCAAGGGGUCCACUGUGGCCUUAAACGUUCUGCUCUCGUCGGGUGCAGUGCCCAGGAGCCGCCAGCAGGGGGCGAUAACCCUGGCCCCCAAGGAGCUCCUCCCUCGGCAUCAGUAUGAGAACACGCCCACACGCUCUCACGCUAUUCGCUCUGAGACAACAGAGCCCGCCUCCUGGCUGGCGGGGCGGGGGGGAGGGGCCAGGUGAGAUGCGGUCAAACCACCGAGCCAGAAGAUUGUGCAACAAGUGCAAAGUGUAAUCAACACACAGUGUGUGUUUAUGCAAUUUGAUGGUGUAGCGGACCCCCGAGCGGCUGGGGUUCAGAGUGCUCUGUUCAGGGGUCUGAUGAUGAACCAGCCCUGGUCCGUUUGAAGGAGACCCAGUUAGCAUUAGCCUAUUUUACCUUGUCUUUGUGUUUUUGUCUUUUUUUUACACGGCAUGUAUUUGUUUUUGAAAAAGGACUUAACAUUUUCAAACGGUCAAAUAUGCUAUUCUACCAAGCUAUGAUUUGAGUCUUAAUUUGCAAGGCAUAUUGUCUUUGAUAUGAAUAUGCAGUAAAUGUGAGCUUACUUUAAUACGCUUGCAUAGGGGGUUAAUUGAUCUGUCCACGAUGAAUGUCACAGGAACAAUGUCACAGACCAUCGCUGGCUUUAAUCAGUCAACGGAUCCUUGUGUAUUUCCUAAGACUGAAGUGAAUAAUGAAUGAAAAGCUUUUUAGAAUUAGUAUUCAAUAAAACCCAUAUGGCUUGAAGAUGAUCUAUCUGAAAUGUAGCAGCUCUAGAUGUAAUUGAAGCUGCUCUUUUUGACAUGCCAUUUGACAGGUUAUUUUAUAAUGUUGUAUAAAACACUUAAAUGCUUUAUUUUAAUAUGUUGCUUUGGUCUACAAAGCACAGCUAUCUCUCUGUCGAUCAAACGUUUAGGGCCAGUCACUUGAAAAUGUUAAUCUACACCUUAUGACAGAGUACAUGGGAUACUAUGUAAUGUACAACUUAAUACUUGAUGUGGCUGUUGAAUAAUACACAGUAUGGCCUAAACACAUUCUGAAGUGCUUUUCAAAAUAACUUUUUAAGGGUGGAAAAUAAAUAAAUAUAUUAAUUUCUCCUGAAAUUGUGGUACAAAUAGAAUAUUUUCAUAUCCGCAAGGUCCCUCGUCGUAAGAAUCACGUAAUCAAUGCCACUCGUGUGUAAUAAUAUUCUGGGACAUAUGACUAUUCGUUUAUAGGACGAAUAGUCAGCACAUACGUGAUGUUUAUAUUACAUGUAAAGAUUUGUAUUUUAUUGUAAUCUCCAAUUGUUGUUUAGGAGCACAUUGUAAUCUCCUGAAUGUUAGUGUUUGAAUUAUACCUGAGUGAUGCUUCUGUCAAUGGUAGAAUGUUUCUGACCCUCGGCCAAAGACUAGUGGUUGUGUCACUGGCGGAAGUGGUUUGUGCACACAUGCUUUGAAUGUGGGGUUGUCCAUAACACGAUUAUUAAACCUCCACAGUGGAUGUGCGUCUAAUAAACAUCUCUUCAAAUACUGUGAA